AUGGCCUUAGCCAGUGGUCACUGGCUGGAGAAAGAAGUGAGGGGUGAAGCCCCGAGUCCCAGACAAGGCCAUGCUGUAGCUGUGGCAGGAAAUGUGGCCUUUCUGUUUGGAGGAGCCUCCAGCAUCAACCAAGAGGAGGACAUCCCUGUUUACUACAGUGACUUCUUCAUGCUAACAGUUUCUCCUGAUGAUGUGACGUGGGAGGAGAUUCCUCAGAGCGGAGAAGUUCCCUCAGCCAGAGAAGGACACACUCUUUGUGUUGUGAAAGGGAAGCUGUAUCUGUUUGGAGGAGUGUCCAGCCCUGACGCCACUGAGUGUCUCCCUGGAGUCCACAGCUUCGAUAUCGUGUCUCUGACCUGGGAUUGCUUGGUAAUUGGGGGUGUGGCGCUCAGAACGCUGAGACACAGCUCUGCCGUCGUGGGAGACAACAUCUAUGUGUAUGGAGGCAUUCUGGGAGGGAAUCCAACUGACGAUCUCAUGGUCUUCAACACAGCGUCUCUCACCUGGACGCCGGUAAAAACUAGCGGGUCGCUGCCUCCUGCCCUGAGUGAUCAGAGCUUUGCUCUGGUCGGAGAUCAGGUGUUCAUGUUUGGAGGUCAUGACGCAGCUGGAGAAUUCUGUAAAGACUUUCAUGUUUUCAACACAGAGAACUUGGUGUGGCAGAAAUGGGAGGUGAAGGGAGAAUCACCUGCAGCCUGCAGCGGACAAACACUGACUGCACACCAUGAUAAAGAUAUCUAUCUGUUUGGUGGCAAAAGCAAAAAUGAGGAUGGCACGGUGACGUCUUCCAACGAAAUCCAUAAACUCAGUAUCUCUAAGAUGAAGUGGAAAGUUCCUCUGUACGUUGGGAUUCCUCCGGCCCGACGCCACGGACACACCGCCUUCAUCCACCACAGCCACCUGUAUGUAUUUGGAGGGAAGAAUGAGGAGCAGGAGUUCAAUGACCUGAAGGUGAUGAAGCUCAUUAACCCCUCGGAGAGACAACCAGUGAUGAAGGAGAUUCUCUCAGAGUUUGGUCUUCAGGGAGUCAGCCACAGCUUCACUCCCACAAAGGUUCCUAAUGUUCGCUAUGAGCUGAGUGAGUCUGCUCCAUUCAACCAGUCCAGGAACACAGCAGCUAAUGCUCAGGCGUUUGUCCACAGAGACUUCAGUGCAGUUCGAGAUCAGGCCAUGAAAAUGAUCCAGACAGCCUUCACUCUGCUGGACCAGGAGUUCCACAAACUGGAUCGAGAGAAGUCAGAGUUGUCUCAAGCUGCUGCUGCUCUGCAAAGAGAUAAAGAUGCGCAUGAAUCCUGCAGACAACAACAGCAACAGGAGCUGCAGGAGAUGCUCGAAAGACAUCGAUCUCAAAAUGAGGCAUGGCUCCGAGCAAGAGCAGAGGAGAAUGACCGAGAGAGGAGGGAGCUCUGCAGACUCAGAGAGGAGGUGGUGCAGGAGCAGGAGCGGCUGAAGGAGGAGCAGAACAGCAUCCAGAAACGCAACGAACAUCUUCUGUCCAUCAUGCAACAGUUCAAAGGAAUGUAGAUAGAUAGAUAGAUAGAUAGAUCCUUUGGACCCUGGCAUUCAUCCUGAAUGACUCUUUGUGUAUUAAACUUUCCUUCAAUAAA